UCCUUCUUAACGCAAACCAAUAAGAUCAAUAAAGCCGACCACAGGGGAGAAUGCAGAUGUAAUUUGGUAAAAUGCCGUCAGAGGCACUGUGAAUACAUACCAGCGAUUAAAAGGCUUUCAUGUGAUGAGGUGAAAACAAAUAAUGCUCAACAUGUGAUUGUCCUCGGGUUUCAAGUCAUGACAAUGAUUUGAUUUCGUAUGACUUAGUUUUGGUGUGAUUAGGGCUGACCUUUAUGCUGACCCACGUGGUUCACGGUUGCUUUUACAUCCGACCGAGAAGUAGGCGUAUUCAGGAUCCUUUUAGGGUGCGGUGAUUUACCCCCGACAGACAUCCAGCCAUUGACGGGCGCGGCGGGGGCAGAGAGGAAGCACUCUCCGCCUAUUCAGCCGGUGACCGGUGCUGGAUAACCGAAGUGAUUUCACACUCAAGCGCGUUUCGUGCGCGACGGUUUGCGUCCUGAACUCUUUCCCCCACCGGAAACAUCCUACUCCUACCGGCUGCCAAAAAGGGUCUCCCUUGAGCUGCAUGGGGAGAGACAGGAUUGGGGAUCUCGGUGGACUCAAACAGCUGUGAAGACCAGCAGCAUCCCAGCGAAGAUGGCUACACCCCCGAUCAGAUCAUCAACGCUGCAGCACGGCAAGAUGAAGAAGGACGAGUCCUUUCUCGGCAAACUGGGUGGCACGCUGGUCCGCAAGAAAAAAGUUAAAGAAGUGAAUAGCCUCCACGAGGAAGGAAAACAUGCCAUCAACACCCCCAUGCUCCCCUCCGGCACAGACCUCCACCCUGAGGACACGCUGCUGGAGGAGAACGCCGAGAGAACCAUGCUGGAUCCCACUUCUAGGGAGGACCCAAAGUUCAAAGAUCUACAGAGGGUUCUGAUCGACUGGAUUAAUAAUGAGCUGGAGGAGGAAAGGAUUAUUGUGAAGGACCUUGAAGAAGACCUCUAUGAUGGACAGGUGCUCCAGAAGUUGUUUGAGAAGCUUUCUGGGCAGAAGCUGAACGUGGCUGAGGUGACGCAGUCGGAGAUUGGGCAGAAACAGAAGCUUCAGACCGUUCUGGAGGCCAUGAAUGAACUUCUUCAGCAUCACGGCAGUCCUCGCGAGUGGCACGUGGACUCCAUACACUCGAAGAAUCUGGUCGCUAUCACCUCCCUGCUGGUGAGCCUGGCUGUUCACUUCCGGGCUGCGAUCAGGCUACCUGAACACGUGUCGGUGCAGGUGGUGGUUGUUAAGAAGAGGGAAGGCAUCCUGCAGACCAGUCACGUGAGAAAGGAGCUGACGACGACCACAGAGUUGAUGAUGGGAAGAUUUGAGAGAGACGCUUUUGAUACUCUUCUAGAUCACGCGCCAGAUAAACUCAACAUUGUGAAGAAGUCGCUCAUCACAUUUGUGAACAAGCACCUAAACAAACUCAACCUGGAGGUAACAGAACUUGAGUCACAGUUUGCAGACGGCGUCUAUCUGGUGCUGUUAAUGGGGCUACUGGAAGGCUACUUUGUUCCCCUGUACAACUUCUACCUCACGCCCGAGAACUUUGAGCAGAAGGUCCACAACGUGUCAUUUGCCUUUGAGCUCAUGCAAGACGGAGGACUGAAAAAACCUAAGGCUCGGCCGGAAGAUGUGGUCAACCUGAACCUGAAAUCCACCCUGAGGGUCCUAUACAACCUGUUCACCAGCUACAAGAACAUGGACUAGAGGCUGGGGGGGGGGGUUGUGUCACUCUCACCCCUGGAUCACGUAGGCUUGGCCUUGCUGGCUGCUCCACCCGUUUGCUCUGCCACAGGUCAUAUGCUUCCCCGUCUUUCACGGUGCUCAUCUGUUGCCGGUGACGGCACAGCUGCAUCACCGGGAGCAUAGAUCUGUCGCUGAGGACCUGGUGUAGAAUAGCAAAGCCAGGCAAUACCAUCCUGGUACAUAAACUGUGUAAUAUCCUUAAUCUCUCAAUGUGCCAGCGUCUCGACGAGGAUUUUAGGUCUUAUCACUGAAAUGAACAGGCUGUUAUCCAUGUAUGCAGGAUUCGACGAAUUCGCUUUUCUAUGCAAAAAUUUAGCCAUUUAUUUGUGACUGGAUUUUUUAAGUGUAAUUUAGCCUGAUCCUACUUUUAUGGUUUGUAUAAAUAAUCACACUUGCCUUAAAUAAAGUAUGUUUGUUUUUAACCUGGA